GAGACACAACGACCUUUCUCUCCUUUCCCUCAGUCACUGGAGUUUAUCUUCGGAACCAACGAAGCGGGAGCUGACUACCGCGGGGGACCGUAUCUCCGAUGACACCGGGGGACGGUAUUUACUGUGGCACCGGGGGAUGGUAUUUACAGUGACACCAGGGGACGGUAUUUACAGUGGCACCGACGAGCUAACUGUGCCUUCUCAGUGACGUCUUCAGUUCUUCCACUGCAGGGGAUGGAAGCGGCGGUGGCGGGAGGUGCAGACCUCACCAGGAAGUUUGUGUCGGAGGCGGAGCUUGACGAGGCGAGGAAGAAGAGACAGGAGGAGUGGGAGCAGGUCCGCAAGCCGGACGACCCCGAAGAGGCCCCAGAGGAGGACUAUGACCACCGCUGUCUGUUCGAGCGUCUCCAGGAGCAGAAGGACAAGAAGCAGGAGGAGUUUGAGGAGCAGUUCAAAUUCAAGAACAUGGUGAAGGGAUUGGACGAGGAUGAGAGUCACUUCCUGGACGAGUGCUCCCGGCAACAGAGUCUGGUGGAGAAACAGCGGAGAGACGAGGAGAAGAAGGAGAUGCUGGAGUACAGAAGUGCGCUUGUCAAGCGAGUGACUGUUGAACCAGAGAAGAAGGCUGGACCUAAACCGUUAGGGGCGGAGCAAAAGACAAGCCACCUAUCUCAGGCACAUCUAUUGGCCGGUGCUGUCAAAAGACGCAGCUCGUCCCAGUCGUCAGACAGCGGCAAGAAACCCAAGAUUGCCGUGGAGACCGGAGCCUCAGGACAGGACACUGUGGGAGGAGGAGCAGUGCGGGCUCCGGGGCCACAGCGGCUGCUGCUCCCGUCGGCGGCGGUGUGUGUGGGGGUGCUGCCCGGGCUGGGGGUCCUGCCCGGGCUGGGGGUCUACUCCGGGAGCAGCGACUCGGAGAGCAGCUCCGACAGCGAAGUUUAAGCUGAGCCAAUCCCGAGCCUAGACGAUGACAUCAUGCCCCUCCCAUCCCUCCCCCAGUCCCCGGCACUGCAGCGUACCAUUGGCUGAUGGAACAGUGAUUGACAGCUGUGGAGCAAUGAAGAGACUGCUUAGAUUGUUGACACAUGAUUGACACGUGUUGUUAACCAAUAAAAGAGAGAAGGCAGAGCUGGAGACGUUGCUAUUGGCCGAAUCGUGAUAUGUUUUUAUGUUUUCUUUUGUUUGAGACGUGAAGUGAUGUAGGUGAAUAAAGACUCUUACCAUCUG